AUGGAUGUCGCUCUUCGGGUCGUUGUAGUCCAUGCAGUUCUCAAACACAAGUCGGAUAUCAUUCCCGCACUCCUCCUGGUCAAAUUCAAACACCCCGCGCGUCUCCUUGAUAUAUUCCCCUCCCUUAAGUCUCUUCUUAAUAGUCCCAAGGUCCAUCGGCCGUUUAAUCUGCUCCAUAUACCCAGGCACGUCCUUUUCGUCAUACAGCUCGAGCACUGGGUUGAGAAACUCCUCGCACCGCGGGUCCUGCACAAGCUCCUCGACCAGCGCGUCGAAGAACGCGUACGGCUCUCCGCUGCGCACCGCCUCCUUCGUCACCUCACGCUGCCGCUUGCCCGGCCCCAACAGGUUCUGCUCCAACAUCGCGUAGCUCGCGUUCCCGUGGUCCAUCACUUCCUCCUCCUCGGCCGAACCGCCCGCCGCCGCCGCCGCCGCCGCCGCCGCCGCCGCUGCCGCCGCCACCUUGCGCGACUCGGAUCCUGCGCCGCCGGCUGA